GGGAGGGGCCCACGGGGUCGGGCGACAAGGCUGGCGGAUGGCGUCCCUCCUCUCUACCCUCCCCCUCCCUCUGCUGCCGGUGGCGGUUUUCUCCUCCACUCGUCACCCGCAGUCCCGAGCGACCGUCCUCAGCACGAUCUCCCUGGAGCCACCUUCGAAUGACGCCCUCCCGCUGCCCGCCCCUUCUGUGCGCAUCCUGGGCCUCGGCCGUGCGGGCGCCCUUGUCGUCUGGGCUUCGCCACUUGGGCCUGUGCCCGCUCCUGCCCUUCUUGGGGCUUUGGGCCACGGUAGUGUCGUGAGCCCGUGGUCCCGGCCUCUCCCUGGAUCGCGCUGUCCCCUCUCCCUCGCGCGCCCCCUCUCCCGUUACUCGCUCCCCCCCAACACACACUCACACUGCGCGCGUGCGCAGUCCACCUCCCGUUGGGAGAGUGCGCCACAAGGGCUCCUGAGCUCUCACCCCCAUCUCUGGGCUUUGCUUACCCCUCCUCUUCACCCAUUCCAUGACUUUUUGUCCCCACUGCAAGUGAGUCGGUCCUCCAGCUCCAUUCCCCAUUUGGCAGGAACAAGUAGGUGGGGGUUAUUGUCCACCCACAUAAAGGACUAGACAUUAUGUUCUGGGUCCCAAAACUCAUCAUAAAGAGAUGGUUAUAGUUCUCGUCAGGAACCGUGGGAAGGGGACUGUGCGUUCCUCAGCACCUGAAGCUCUUCCGUGAGACCAUGCCCUCAGGGUGCUCUGGUUCUUUGGGGGUGCUGUGCUGUGGCUUCGGAAUAUGAUCGUCUACCCACCCAACCCCCCUCCUUCGCCAGCGAUCAUCCAGUUACAUAAGUGGAAUGGGACAUUGUAUGUAACGGGCUCUCUUCGUCCUGGAGCGCUCAGGAUCGCCAGUACCAGAUGGGGCAAGUUCAUCACAUCGCUCUGACUCCUGGAUUAUCUCUGAAAGUUCAUUCUCUUUUUAGUUUGGUUAUGGCCAAAUAACUUAAAAUAAAACACAGGUGACUUUUAUGUGGCAAUGUUUCUGAGGUUUUUGCACUGAAGGUUUAAAGACAUUAUGGAGUCUAAAAAGAUUGCUCUCACAAGAAAGACCCUGUAUGACAUUGCUAAGUAUGGACCCCCUGAAGGGCAAAGCUUGCCAGGGAGUAAUUCUGUGCUAGUUCCUUGUGUGUUCGGGUAUGGGUUAAUCACAGCAAAAAUGGGCUUCACCACAAAAUUGAUAUUCCUGACUCAUUGUCAGGCAGAUAGGUGCUUCUGGUUAUUUUUCCAGGAAUACAAGUGGGUUCCGUUGAGCCAUUUGCAUGUUAUCUCCAGUGUUCGGAAUCAUUAACCCAAAUAAUGAGACAAUAGGAUCAAAUACUGAGUGGUUGGUGGUAAUCAUGAAACAUAAUGGACUAAUUUAUAGUGCUAGGUGGCUAAGAUGUUGUAGGACUUUCACAAGUUCUAGGUAUUUUAUUAUACUAUAUAAAUGAAGCCAAUUUGGGCCUGGGUAGUAAAAUUGUACUAAUAGGUGAUUAUUACUGUAGAGGAGAAUUUUGGGUUUGUGGUUGGAAUUGUCAUGUGAAUCUCAGCAGUUUCAAUUAAUAACAUGAUUAAACUGACCUCUUGGUUCCUUUGAAAUAUGCCAGAUCUCUAUAAAAAGAUGAAGUCUGGAUUGUUUAGGUCUUUGGGGAAUUUCCACCAAGGGUUUGGAAAAAUACAUUUAUUUAUGCGCUUUUGGUUUUUUGUUUGUUUUUAACUUCAGAUUUUGUUUGUUUUAACUUCAAAUCUUACAAAGCCUAGGAAACACUUGCUUUUUUUUUUAACCUGGGUAUGUCAGAACCUUAAAGAAUCCAAACAGUUUAGAAGUACAAAUUAUCUAAAAUGAGUUGAUGCACAUGACCCAUUCAUGGCAGGGCAGCCAAGUGGCUGAUCAACAGAUCGCAUUCUCAAUUUCAUAAACACACCCAAGCCUUGCUUGUCAAAGAUUCCAAGGUUUGCACAUUUGAGCCGGAGCUCAGAGUUGGAAUCUUUAGUUAAUUUUCAUAUUCUGCAAUGUGUUUGCUUCCUUCAGGUACCCUUCCAGUUAGCUAUUUGUUGUACCCCUAGCUCUCUAAACAGUGUAAGCAACUUCUGGAAUACAGUUUCUUUUCAAAGUGCCUGGUGACAUCUGAAGUUAAUGUGUCCUGAGAAUUGAGUUAGUGUGUCCUAAGAGUUUAAAGAAACUGUAUGGCUUUCUUGCUAAUAUUGAUCUAUCACAUAUUCCUAUUUCCUUUCCAUGAGAAUGAGCCUUAAAUGUUUUAAACCUACAAUAGCAUAUCCUUGUUACACUUAGGAAGAAAGCAUCAUGUAGUCACUUGUACUCUGAGAAUUUUUUAAUUUCUUUUUGUUAUUGUUGUUGUUGUACUGGUGGUCAAAUCCGGGACCUUGUGCAUGCUAGGCAAUCACCCCACCCCACUGAGCUACAUCCCUAGCUUUCUACUCUUUCUUUCACGAGGUUUGAAUCCUGAGGUACAUCUGGGGCACUACAUAGACCACAAAGAUUUUGGAAGGUUAUGAUCCAUUUUUGCAAUCGGUGUUUCUUUUUCCAAUAGAGUUGUUCCCUCUGCCUAAUCUACUGGGGGGAAGGAGGCAAAGCUAUGGAGUUUGAAAGAAAAACCGACUACAGUGCCAUAUGCCAGUGCCCCAACUCCACCCAGUCACUCCUGAGAAGUUUGUUUCUUUAACCUAGAAUAAAGAACAGCAGUGGUAAAAUUGUUAGCUUGUUUGCAUGGUAAACUAUGUAUCCUGGAACCUUUUAUCUUUUCUAAAGGUGACUGUCAGUAAGAAUCUUUUAAUUGGCAAAGAGCAUUUUAUCACCAGGCUGUCUGAGUUAUAUCUCUGGGAAACAGAAUCAUGGACAAUGACAUUUGUAGUAACCAAUGUUUUAAGCACAGCCUAGACUGUAGAAUUCCAGGGAAUGUGGCAAAAUACCUCAUUUUCAUCAUCUGCUCUGGUAACAUCCGUGCAGCCCAGGCCAUGUGGCUGACAGAAACAAUCUUUUUGUUGGGUAGAGAACAUUAUUGUUCUUCCAAGGGAAGGGCAUAAUAAGUCCUCAGUACUCAUCACUGCCUUUUGUAGUCACUCUGCUGUUGUCUAAUCAGAGAACUGUACCUACUCAUCAUUUCAGGGAGGACCAAUGUCAGUGGUUCCCUUCUUCUGGGGCUUGUUUAUACAGAAAGUGUGUAUGCUCUUCUGCUUUCCACAAUUUUCUUCUGCUUUUCUCUUCCAAGGAACAUUUUUCAUUGAAACUUUGAUUUGUGUGUGGUGGCUUAAAUACUUGAAAAGACCACUUUCAUGGUGGAUAUAGUAUGUGGGAUGACUGAGUGGUAGCAAGACUCUGAGAGAAGACAGACAUGACUAUUCCCAUGUUAAAAGGGGCAGUAUGACCAGAGUAAACAUUGGCCUUUUUACUUCUGGGCACUCUGCUAGCAUGUGGAUGUCUGCUCACCUAGUGUAGCUCUUUAACAGCCAGUAUUGUGGAUGUCUGGACUCUUGUUGUUGGCCAAACCUUAGUAAAAGUGUGCUUAUCUUCCUUUCCUAAGAGCUGGAGGUAUAACAUGAACAUUUUUGUUGGAUUUUUACCUAACUGUACUCAUUUUUAGCUUUUUCCCUAUGAAAUCUUGAGUUAAUUAAAGAUCUCAAACUCUUUGAGAGCUUAGAAUAAAGCUUAGUUCAGCUCUCAAUGAAACAAGGGCUGAAGUGGCUUAGUCAGUAGUAAAAUGUUUGCCUUGCACGUGCAGGGCACUGAUUUCAGUUCCAGUACUGCAAAAAAUAAAACAAUAAAAUUGCAUAUAGAUAAAAUUGUGGUCUUGAGAACUUGUGACUUUGCAGGCCCUCCCAAACAAGGUAUUGGUUUGGUUUCUAUUAGGCAAGUGUCAAAAAAUAUUAAGUUUGGGAUUUCAAAGUGUUCCAUGACUUAAUUCUAUGACUUAAGGAAAUUAUGGGAAUUAAGAGGUUUUACUGAGCCUUAAAAAAAACUAUAGGCAUCAUCUAGGGAACUGGCAGUCAGCUGCCAAGGACUUGGUUGCUGUUGCCCUUCAUCUGGAUUUGACCCAAUGAGUGACUCUAAUAGUCUUAAGUUGUAUAAUGUAAGCUUUUCUCUUAGUCUAAAGAUAAAAUUAUUAUUGCUGGGAGAGCCAGGUAUCUGAAAUUAGCUAAUAUGGAGCAAUUUAGGUUUUAACAAGGAAAUGAUGGUAUCUUGAUGGCAACAUCCUUAUUUGAAAAUAUGUUCAAAAACAAAAGAGGCUGAAGCAGAAUGAUCUGAAUUUGAGGACAUCCUGAACUGCUUAAAAAAGUAGCAAGACUGGAGAGAUGGCUCAGUGGUUAAGAACACUGACUGCUCUUCCAGAAGACCUAUGUUCAAUUUCAACUACCUUCAUAGAGGCUCACAGUGGUCUAUAACUCCAGUCCCAGGGGAUCUGAUGGCCUCUACUGGCUUCAGCAGGCACUGCAUGUAGGUGGUGAACAUGCGUUCAGACAAAUGCUCAUACAUAUAAAAUAACAAUAAAUAAAAUCUCAAAUUGUUUAAAGAAAAAUAACAAAAAAGUCAAAAGACCCAUCAGUUCAAUGUUUUAUAGACAUUGAGAUUUACUGAUUUGAGAGGCUUAAAGUAAUUUGUUAGAGAUGGACUUCUAUAUUUUGGGUGAUGGCUUUGGCUCUCCUGGUGCUUUUUGUCUUUUAUCUCAAGGUGAAAGCCCCUUUGUGUGAUGUUAGAGCAGUUCCUUGCAGCUUUGACUGCUGGAAGCAGAAGGGAGACUUGGCUUCUGGAUUUGGUGUGUUCUUUUUGAGGUGAUGUUUUGAUGUUGCAUGCACUCUUGAACACAUUCUAGUCUUCACUUUUUCUGUGUGACUUGGUAGAAAAAUUCUUUAUCAGAAACCACCACUUGUGGUAUGCAUUGUAGUUUCAAAGUGUUCCUCAGAGGUGUCAAGACCUCUGAAUUUCGAUUUUGACAAGCAUAAAUCUUGUUUUUAUUUUAGCAUUCUGUCAUGUGGCAGUAAUUUAUUCUUUGCUUCUAACUAGAUGAGCUGGGAAGUAACAUAGUACUUUGUCUGUGUUUAUCUUCAAAAUGUCCCAAAAAGCCUUGGGAAAAAGGUGCAGCUCAAUGGGGACUUUCAACUUACGAUUUUCUUUGUUUUAGGCUCCAUAAAAAUACAGACUCACCAGUUCCUGCUUUGAUGUGACAUGUGACUCCCCAGAAUACACCUUGCUUCUGUAGACCAGCUCCAACAGGAUUCCAUGGUAGCUGGGAUGUUAGGGCUCAGGGAGGAAAAGUCAGAAGACCAGGAUCUCCAGGGCCUCAAAGACAAGCCCCUGAAGUUUAAGAAGGUGAAGAAAGACAAGAAGGAAGACAAAGAGGGCAAACAUGAGCCACUACAGCCUUCAGCCCACCAUUCUGCCGAGCCGGCAGAGGCAGGCAAAGCAGAGACGUCAGAAAGCUCAGGCUCUGCCCCAGCAGUGCCAGAAGCCUCUGCUUCCCCGAAACAGCGGCGUUCUAUCAUUCGUGACCGGGGACCCAUGUAUGAUGACCCCACCUUGCCUGAAGGUUGGACACGAAAGCUUAAGCAAAGGAAGUCUGGCCGCUCUGCUGGAAAGUAUGAUGUAUAUUUGAUCAAUCCCCAGGGAAAAGCCUUUCGCUCUAAAGUGGAAUUGAUUGCAUACUUUGAGAAGGUAGGCGACACCUCCUUGGACCCUAAUGAUUUUGACUUCACGGUAACUGGGAGAGGGAGCCCCUCCCGGAGAGAGCAGAAACCACCUAAGAAGCCCAAAUCUCCCAAAGCUCCAGGAACUGGCAGGGGUCGGGGACGCCCCAAAGGGAGCGGCACUGGGAGACCCAAGGCAGCAGCAUCAGAAGGUGUUCAAGUGAAAAGGGUCCUAGAGAAGAGCCCUGGGAAACUUCUCGUCAAGAUGCCUUUCCAAGCAUCACCUGGGGGCAAGGGUGAAGGAGGUGGGGCUACCACUUCUGCCCAGGUCAUGGUGAUUAAACGUCCUGGCAGAAAGCGAAAAGCUGAAGCUGACCCCCAGGCCAUUCCUAAGAAACGGGGCAGAAAGCCUGGGAGUGUGGUGGCAGCUGCUACCACAGAGGCCAAAAAGAAAGCCGUGAAAGAGUCUUCUAUACGGUCUGUGCAUGAGACCGUGCUCCCCAUCAAGAAGCGCAAAACUCGGGAGACAGUCAGCAUUGAGGUCAAGGAAGUGGUAAAGCCCCUGCUGGUGUCCACCCUUGGUGAGAAGAGUGGGAAGGGACUGAAGACCUGCAAGAGCCCUGGCCGAAAAAGCAAGGAGAGCAGCCCCAAGGGGCGCAGCAGCAGCAGCAGCGCCUCCUCACCCCCUAAGAAGGAGCAUCAUCAUCACCAUCACCAUUCAGAGUCCCCAAAGGCCCCCAUGCCACUGCUCCCACCCCCACCCCCACCCCCACCUGAGCCUGAGAGCUCUGAGGACCCCAUCAGCCCCCCUGAGCCCCAGGACUUGAGUAGCAGCAUCUGCAAAGAGGAGAAGAUGCCCCGAGGAGGCUCGCUGGAGAGCGAUGGCUGCCCCAAGGAGCCAGCUAAGACUCAGCCCAUGGUCUCAGCAACCACCGCCACAGUUGCAGAAAAGUACAAACACCGAGGGGAGGGAGAGCGCAAAGACAUUGUUUCAUCCUCCAUGCCAAGGCCAAACAGAGAGGAACCUGUGGACAGCCGGACGCCCGUGACCGAGAGAGUUAGCUGACUUUACACAGAGUGGAUUGCAAAGCAAACCAACAAGAAUAAAGGCAGCUGUUGUCUCUUCUCCUUAUGGGUAGGGCUCUGACAAAGCUUCCCGAUUAACUGAAAUAAAAAAUAUUUUUUUUUCUUUCAGUAAACUUAGAGUUUCGUGGCUUCAGGGUGGGAGUAGUUGGAGCAUUGGGAUGUUUUUCUUACCGACAAGCACAGUCAGGUUGAAGACCUAACCAGGGCCAGAAGUAGCUUUGCACUUUUCUAAACUAGGCUCCUUCAGCAAGGCUUGCUGCAGAUACUACUGACCAGACAAGCUGUUGACCAGGCACCCCCAACACUCCCCCCCAGUGUGCUUAUUAGAGACAGCAGUUGAGAGGACACUCCCAUUUUUGGUGCCAUUGGUGCCCUGUCCAUAGCUUCCCUGACUCUUCCACCAUCCCAUCUCCCAAUCUGAGGGACCGGGAGGUGUGAGGCAGGAAAAACCAUUGGAUUCUUUAGAGAAGACUGAGGUGGCCAGUAAUUGUGGCCCAGUGAUUAGAACUGUUGUGGCACAAGUCUGGCUCCACACCCACCCCAAUCCAAAACUGACAAGAAUAUUUUGAAAAACAGGAAAGUGGUACCUGUCUGAUCCAGCUCUGGCAUGGCUAGAAGCGAGCCCUGAACUGCUGGAUUAUAGACUGGCCUGAACCACAGAAUAGGAUAGCCCAGGGUGAAGUGUCAUCACCUGUUCACAAGGCAUGCUCCCCUAGAGAAUAAUGCUAAAGAGGUGCCAUGGAGACAGCAGGACAAGGCACAGGCAGGGUCAAGCCAAGCCUAGUGCCACAGAACAAGAGAGCAGUCUGUGACUAGUGGUUAGGAAUUUAGUGGAUGGGACAAAAGGGGCAUAGGGGAAGAAAGAAAAAUAUUCUUCCAAUUACUUUCCAGUUCUCCUUUAGGGACAGCUUAGAAUUAUUUGCACUAUUGAGUGAGUCUUCAUGUUCCCACUUCAAAACAAACAGAUGCUCUGAAAGUAAACUGGCUUGAAAUGGUGAUACUUUGUCCCACAAGCCACCAGACAUGGCAGUGUUCAGAACUACCUGGAUCUGUAUAUACCUGCGCUUGUUUUAAAGUGGGCUCAGCACAUAGGGUUCCCACGAAGCUCCGAAACUCUAAGUGUUUGCUGCAAUUUUAUAAGGACUUCCUGAUUGCUUUCUCUUUUGUCUUUCCGUUUCUGCCUUCCUUCAUUUCAUGCUUUCAUUUCUUCCCCAUCCUCCUUUCCCUAGCUCCUAGUUGUGUCUUCUGUUCCAGACAACUGCAGUGCCCAACCACAUGCUUAUCUGACAGCAUUCAACCACAGUCCUAGGAUUCUCCCUGCCCUUUGACUUCUCAUUGCCAGUGCCAGCUAUCAUGUUUAACCCGAGCAAGUGCUGGGCUCUGCUGAGUCCUCCCUAGCCUCUUUGAAGAACAAGAGGGCAGUAAGCCCUUACUCCCUUAGACAGUCCCCUCUUCCUUGCUAAGAAAAAAGUCAAAAGGCUUUUCAGAUCCUAAACAAUGAGCCUUUUCACCUUCUGCUCUAGAAAAAUGGGCUGGAGAAACUGGGCCACAUGUGGUAGCUGAAAGAGAUAUAGAGGCCCCUGUGUUCUGCCAGGAUCACUGAGUGGCCCAACAGGGGCACCAUGCCCACUACCCUUGACCCCACUCAGAAGUCUGAUGUCAAGCAUAGUGUGGCAGGGCACCUGUCAGGACAGAUGCAGAUUUCAGCAGGGAGUGACACCAGGGCCCCUUGCUCUUCUUCUGACAAGUCUUUUUCUAGUGGAAUGCUUUCCCUUUUGCUCACUGGGGACUGGGUGGGGCCAGCACACCCCAUAUUUCAAUCUCUGCUCCAUAAGUGUAAUGGUGAAUUUUACAGGCUUGGCUUUGCUGUGGGGUUUUAAUUGGUCAAUUUUUAUUUGGGAUCCCAACAUUUUAGCCUCUGUUCAGGAAGUCCUUAUCUAGCUGCAUAUCUUCAUCAUAUUGGUAUAUCCUUUUCUGUGUUUACAGAGAUGUCUCAUAUCUAAAUCUGUCCAACUGAGGAGUACCUUAUCAAAGUAGCAAAUGAGACAGCAGUCUUAUGCUUCCAGAAACACCCACAGGCACGUCCCAUGUGAACUGCUGCCAUGAACUGUCAAGUGUGUGUUGUCUUGUGUAUUUUCAUUACUGUUCCCUAAGCUUCCUUAUUGCAGUGUAAUCAUGGAAGAGUGAAACAUCAUAGAAAUCAUUUAGCACUUCCUUGCCAGUCUUUAGUGAUCAGGAACCAUAGUUGACAGUUCUAAUUGAUAGCUUAAGAUAAAACCAUGUUUGUCUCUUCUGGAAUGGCUAGAACUAAGUGAGAGAUUUUUGCCCCAUUCGGAUUGCAGAGUCAUAGUUGGGCUUUCUAGCAUAUUUGUAUCCAUUUCCUUGUGCUACAAAUGCAGACCCUGCAACCAGCUUCCUGUCAAGCACUCAUUUUGCCUGCUCUGCUGUUGAUCCUCAGCCAUGGUUCUGAUUCUUCCCCAGGAAGGGAAGAGGUCUCAGAAGAGGGACUCUGGAGGGUCCAGGAUAUAUCCUUCUUAACUCCUGCUUCCUCCAAGGACAAAAGGCCCACCUCACCCCACCCCUGCAGCGGCCUCACACUCCCCAAGGAUACCUUUCUGUACCCUCACAGCACCUAGCCAGAUUGACAUCAAGUUGUUUUAUUGUGGUCCGUUUGGGGGUUUGCCUGUUAUACUUAAUUAGUCCAAUGAAAUGUGACUCCUAGGCUAAGGAUCCCUCAUCCUUGGAAGAUAACCUAGGCUGAUUAGACAUUCACAGUUGGGAAUGCAGCACUUUGGGUGCCAUUUUCUUUAAUUUGAGCCCCAUCUGCAGCCUCCUCACUCCCCAGCUUUCCCUUAGAGCUGGUUUCAAAACUGCAGGUGGUGGUGCCUGCAGCUUCUGAGGGUUUUUUGUUUUGUUUUGUUUUGCUUCCUGCUUUUUUUUCCCCAUCCCCCUCAUCCCCAAAUAAGGACAUCAUGAGUCAGUGUCCUUUAAGCAGGCAGCUUUGAUUGGGUUUUGCCCUGGCAGCCAGGGACUCUGUAUAGGCUCUCAGGCUGCCCCUGCCUUGCAGUCAGGUUGACAGGAGGUUGGAGGGAAAAGCCUUAAGCCAUGGGAUUCUUACCAGCUGUGUCUGGCUCAGACCUGGAAUGUGACCUUGAUUUUGUUGUAUUUGAACAUUGUAAAGAUUGGGUGGCAUCUUUCACUGAAUAGAUGAAGAAUACAAGAACUGACCUACAGCUUUCAGAUACCUGAGACUAGGUCAUUAAGGUCACAUCCAGUCUUUCCUACCCUGCUCUAGUUGUUAGUUACUACCUCUCCCAGAUAGAUUGGUGUAUAUUCUCCAACUAUGUUCAUCCUGGCCCAGUCCUGCCCAUUCUUGGGUCUGUCUUAACCAGUGGAACUGCUGCUCUUCAAAGUGCAGUGAGUUGAGAACUCUUGGUCACAGCCAGGCUCUAAUACAGCUCCCUUCUGCUGGUGUUGUAUUCCCAUAUCAAAAGGCACAGGGGAGAUCUAGAAGUACCACCUCCCCCAGUCCAUCAGUGCCAAACUAGCCUGUGAUCCCAGCAUGGGUACAGAGAACUCUGUUCAGUGCUGUCACAACAGACUGGAGGCCACAAACUUUGGAAAUGGGAACCAGAGCAACCCAAAUUGUUGUUGCUUCACCCAGCUUGCUCUUGCUGUGACAAUGAUAAAAGAGGGCAAUAACCAGAAACUGACUGCCAAGUUUGGUAGGGAAAGGAGUUUCCAUAGCUGACAGGACCUCUGAAUUUUAAAUAAAUUGUAAUAAGUGGCUCAAGCCCACCCAAGAAAGAACAAAAGGGUUGGAACUGACCAGAUGAGACCAGCUAGAGUUCAUGCAGCCCAAGUGGACUCCAGCUGCCUGAGCUCUACAGCACUUCUCUAACUACAGAGAACAUUCCAGCCAGGCUCUCUGGGCUAAGGAGAGAUCACAGGUGCCAGUUCUUCAAGAAGACCUUUGUGCAUCAGUUCAUAACCUGUAUCUUUGUCCCACAUUGUUUGCUGAUUUGGGUUCACACUACAGAUUCUAGGACGGAUGGCCAAGAAAAAAGUUUCUAGAGCCCCUGCGGACCAUGGCAUAGAAAAGUCCCAAGUUGAAGGGGGCUAGGGCAGAUGCAUCAAUGCCCCAUGCCUGGACCAAGCCCUCUGCUCCAUCCAUAUCCUCUUCUGGCUCUUCCUUCCUGCUCUCUGCUUGAGUGAACCAGCCCAACUCUGAAGAGAUUUGUUGAUUCUCUCCAUUUUGGAUGUUUUUUAGGUACUAUAUCAAUCUUUAAAAAAGGCUUAGUCUAAUUGUUAUAAAUCGCUAGGAUACUGCCUCUCCCAGGGUCUAAAAUUACAUGCUAAAGGGGAAAAUUUGAGCUGAAACCAGUUCUCAACAAUUUAGAAGGAAAACCUUUAGAACAUUUGGCAAUAAUAAUAAUAAUACAUUUCGAUGUUUCUGAAUAAGAGGAGGCUUUUGCAAAAAAAAAAAAAAAUGUUGAUCUAAAAAUACUUAGUUCUUGGCCUGAGAUAUCUGGUGAGUGAUCUGGGCAAAGGGAACUCCAGGCUGAAGCUUCCUACAUCUGAGGAGGUGGAAGUAGGAGACUUUUGUGAUCGAGGCUUUUUAUUAUUGGAAAGCCUCUUUGGGUAGCUGACCCCAAGACACCACUUCUGACCUUGUCCUUUGGUGGUAUGGAGGUUAGUGGCCUGCCAGAUGCCAAAGCUGCAUGAGACCAGCUCUUGGUGCAUCAAGUAAAACACUCAUCAGUGACCCAGAAGGCCCAUCACAAAGUGUCUGCUCUCUUCUCAUCUUAACUGAGCCUGUCCCAGCACUACUGCAUAAACUAGGGAGGGUCUGCUGCCUACAGAGCAUCCCUCCCUGGGGCCUCCUAUCUUUUACAAUCUGCCUACCCCACCCUCAGGAUCUUGGCACAGAUGAAAUGGCUGUGUGGCAAGUACUUUGGCAUGCCCUCCUAAACUUACCCAGUGCCUCUCCCUGCCUCUUUAAGCCAGCCUGCCUGCCUACUGGGGAGGUAUGAGAGCCUAUAGAGUGGAGAAGGGAGGGCAAGCAGGCAGGCAGUGGAAAGGCUCUAGGAGGAAGGACAGGCCCCCAGGCUUUGUACAAGCAGGGCUCAGCCCCUCGUGGAACUAAGUGUCAUCUUUUAGUUUAAGAACAUUUGGGCAACUUCCAAAUGACGUUUGCUCCUUGCUCUUCCCCUCUCACCUUUUAUCAGGUCCUGCUUAACACUGAGAGAAAAUUCGGUGAAAAGGCAGAGGUUUGGCUCCUGCCCACUGAUAGGCUCCUCUCCCUGCAGUAUUUGUGUGUCAAGUGGCAAAGCUGUUCUUCCUGGUGACCCUGAUUAUAUCCAGUAACUUAUAGACUAUAUGCAUAGGUCUGCUUUGUCUUUUCUAUUCCGGGCUUUUGACUUACUUUUCAGUUUUGCUUUUAGCUUUCCUAUUCUUUUUAUUUUAUGCACCAACUAGACACACAAAGCAGUUGAAUAUAUAUAUAUAUAUAUAUAUAUAUAUAUAUAUAUAUAUAUGUGUGUGUGUGUGUGUGUGUGUGUGUGUAUAUAUGUAUAUGUAUAUUGCACAAUUAUAAACUCAUUUUGCUUGUGGCGCCACACACACACAAGAAAAGACAUUUUAAAAUUAUACCUAUUGCUUAAUUACAAUAUUUCUGAUAACCAUAGAGUAGGACAAGAGAAAAAAAAAAAAAAAGACAUCUGUCUGCUGGUCACUUCUUCAGUCCAAGCAGAUCUGUGAUCUUUCCUCGCUUCUUUCAAAGGCUUCCCUGUGCUAAGUGAAGGAAGCUCCAGGCUGCACCCAGGUUUUGUACUUUGUUUCUCUGCUGUGAAAGGGGCCCCAUGAUUCUGGGUGCAGGACAGUUCUUUUCAGCAUUGGGGGAGGGGGUAGGCGCACUCCCUAUACCUGCUGAAGUCCAGAACUUAGUGAGCACAGCCCUGUCCCCACCUCUAGGAGUGGGGAGCUGGCAUGCAUGGGGGUGGCUCAACUCCCUCUACCCUUUCCUUGGCCAAGGAGAGCCUGUAUCUAGUAAGUCUGGCAGGCUUCCCUCAAUUAGCAGGGCUUGGAGCAUUUCAAAACCCUCCUCACUUUGCUGAGUCCAGGAGCUGGAGAGGAGAUAGGAGGCUUGACUUGUCUCCAAACCUGUUAGCUGUACUAGGUAGAAUGCCAGAGACCCCAGAAUCACAUCCAACAGUCCAGUGGGUCUCCUUCAGAAAGUAGUGAAGACUCCAGAAACAUCCCUCUCUUCUCCCUGCUCCCAUGAGUAACUGCAUUUGCUUUUAUAAUUCUUGAUGAGCAAUAUCUGCUAGAAAGUUUAGCCGUAACAGUUCUUUUUGCAAAAGGGUCAUUCUUAAGUAAUUAAAAACAUGCCCCCCCCCAAAAAAAAUAAAUCCAGAACCUUGUUCUUUCAAAGCAGAGAGCAUUAUAAUCACCAAGGCCAAAAUCUGUCCUCCACCUCCACCUCACCCCCUCAUCAUUGCUUCUUCUGAAGCCAAAACAUAGCAGAGAUGUUUGUAGGCCCUUUGGGUGGCUGGGCUGCCCUUGUGCCGCUUGGAAGAUGGACUGGAGAAACCUCUGAGACCCUAUCCUAGGGCCUUGCUUUAAUGAGCAAUCAGUAUUAGGAGAGCAUCACAACAUUAUUCCCCAGUCAGCAUGGGAUGGAGGCAGAAGGGGCCAGAGGGUUGUUACCACUGAUACUUGGCCACUGACAGGUGGGUGACCAUGUGUGUCCAUAUGAGUGCUUUAUGGCUGAUGUGAGAUCAGCACCCAAGUUAGCUUCACCUGGUGACCUCUAGCCCUGCCUGGAUAGAGCAGGCCAUCCGGUUCAAUGUUUCUGGGCAGCUUGGACAUUGGAGUGCAAAAGGCUUGCAGAACUUGAAGCCUGCUCCUUACCUUGCUACCAUGACCUCCUUUUCCAUUUGAUUUUUUACUGCUUCAAUCAAUAACAGCCGCUCCAGAGUCAGUAGUUGAUGAAUAUAUGACCAAAUAUCACCAGGACUGUUACUCAAUGUGUGCCGAGCCCUUUCUUUGUGCUGGGCUCCCUGUGUACCUGGACACUGUAACGUGUGCUGUGUUUGCUCUCCUUCCUCUUCCUUGCCCUUUUCUUGUCUUUCUGGGGGUUUUCUGUUUGGGUUUGGUUUGGUUUUAUUCUUCCUUUUGUGUUCCAAACAUAAGGUUCUCUCUAAUGGUCCUCUUUAACUGUGGUGUUGAGGCUUCUGUUUGUGUAAUUUUUGGUGGGUGAAAGGAACUUUGCUAAGUAAAUCUCUUCUGUGUUUGAACUGAAGUCUGUAUUGUAACUAUGUUUAAAGUAAUUGUUCCAGAGACAAAUGCUUCUAGACACCUUUUCGUAACAAAGCAUUUGAAGGGAGGGAAUUGGUGACUAAGACAAGAGGGGCAAUCUGAAGAGAUGACCCCUGCCCAGAUCAGCCAGAAGCCACCAAGAAGUUAAGCACUGGAUUCCCAUUCCAAGUCAAGCGACUGAAGUUAAUGUGUUGCCAUUUUCAAAGUCAGAACAAAGCCAGAUUUUGUUCCACUUGGUUGAUUUUUUGCUUCCCCUUCCCAGAUUAUUACUACUAUUGUUAAUUUAAAAAAAAAGACAAGGUCAGUUCCUUCCAGGAGUGCCAGGAGGGGAGGGGAUGUAAGAGCAGAGCUGAGUUCACUGAGUAGGGAAAGGCUGGGCAGGAGGAUGCCCCACUGAAGAAACAGGUUAGGGAGGAGACAAAAAAAUGGUUUAUCCACUCUCUGUCUGAAAUAGCUGUUCCUGGAUAAGCCGAGACAGUGGGCAUUAUUGUCUCCAAAGCAUGUUUCAGGGGGACAUGACUAGUCAGGACACUUCUGUCACACCCCAUGCUGUCCCCUAGUGCAUAGUGUUAAUCUGAUAUCUUGGCUCCCCACCAUACCUGGGGAAUAAAAUAAUGGUAGAGGGUUCUCUCUUUCAGUGUCAUCUGAUUCCCAACAAAAUCUGGGUGUAAGAUACCACCUUCUCUUUCCAUGACAAACAUCUUCAGUAAAGCCGUUAUCCUCGUUACAGAUUGUCCCAGGCUCAUAGAAGAGGAACAGACCUGUGUUCCUUUAGAGACUCUUAUGAAGAUAGUGCUACCUGUAGUGACCAGUUGGCCAUGGCAUUUGGUAGCUGGAAGAACCAACAAGGUACAUGCCCCCCCUAAAUCCAUGCUACGCUCCCCUCUGCCAGCCUGAAGGGCAAGAUCUGUAGGACAGUGCAGCCAAUGACAGGCCACCCUGUAUUGGAAGAUGUUGGCAUCAGCUCCAAAAGCCUAUCUGAGGUUGGGAGCAGGCACACAGGGCACAGAUAGAUCCAGGACAGACAUAGCUGGAGGGGUCAGUCUUGAAAAGCCCUCUGUCGCAUUCACCUUCAGUUUUUGUGUUUUGGGACAAUUACUUUAGAAAAUAAGUAGGUCGUUUUAAAAACAAAAUAUUGAUUGCUUUUUUGUAGUGUUCAAAAAAAAGGUUCUUUGUGUAUAGCCAAAUGACUGAAAGCACUGAUAUAUUUAAAAACAAAAGGCAAUUUAUUAAGGAAAUUUGUACCAUUUCAGUAAACCUGUCUGAAUGUACCUGUAUACGUUUCAAAAACACCCCCCACUGAACCCCUGUAACCUAUUUAUUAUAUAAAGAGUUUGCCUUAUAAAUUUACAUAAAAAUGUCCGUUUGUGUCUUUUGUUGUAAAAUCAAGUGGUUUUUCAUAAGGUUCUUUUACUAUUUGAAAAGAUGGGCAGCACGUGGUUUUAUUUUAUUUUUGUAAGUUUUUUAAUACAUGUGAAAGCAAAGAAUACUCAGCAUGCCUUUCUAAGUGAUGCGUUUGCACCUUUUGUUGGGAAGUACUGUAUCCUGUGCUGUUAGCAUUCUCGAUAAAUCUCUCUGUGAAAGUGA